AUGCCUUUGUUUCUCUCUCUUUGCUUUGCUUUCCUCUUCUCUUUUUGCCAUGGCUUAGCUUAUGCUGCUACUCCACCUCCACUUCUUGAUGGACUUGUUGAAAAUGGGGACUUUGAAGAAGCACCAGCAAAAUCAAACCUCAAGAAAACAGUGAUCAUAGGAAAAUACUCACUCCCCAAAUGGGAAAUCAAUGGCUUAGUAGAGUAUGUCUCUGGUGGGCCACAACCCGGUGGCUUCUUCUUCGCCAUUCCUCGCGGGGUUCAUGCUGUGAGGCUAGGCAAUGAAGCCUCUAUAUCUCAAAAACUUACUGUCAAACCAGGAUCAACCUAUGCACUCACAUUUGGAGCCACUAGAACCUGUGCUCAAGAUGAGGUGCUAAGGGUCUCAGUCCCUGGCCAGUCAAGUGAACUCCCUCUUCAGACCCUGUAUAGCAGUGAUGGGGGUGACACUUAUUCCUUGGCUUGGAAGGCCAUUUCUGAAGUUGUCAAGGUCACAUUUCAUAAUCCUGGUCUUCAAGAGGACCCCUCUUGUGGACCUCUAUUGGAUGCAAUUGCAAUCAAGGAGAUGCCACCUCUCAGUCGUACUAUAGGCAACCUAGUGAAAAAUGGUGGCUUUGAAGUUGGUCCGCACUUGUUUAAGAACUUCUCAACUGGGGUCCUGCUCCCUCCCAAGCAACAAGAUCAAAUUUCACCGCUCCCUGGCUGGAUAAUUGAAUCCCUCAAACCAGUAAAAUACAUUGACAGCAAGCACUUCUUCGUCCCCAAAGGACUUGCGGCAAUUGAAUUGAUAGCAGGGAGAGAGAGUGCCAUUGCACAAAUCAUUAGGACAAUUCCCAAGAAAUUCUACACCCUCACAUUUACAAUCGGAGAUGCAAAGAAUGCUUGCCAUGGAUCAAUGAUGGUUGAGGCAUUUGCUGCCAAGGAAACUGUCAAAGUUCCCUAUGUUUCACAGGGAAAGGGUGGAUCCAAGACUGCAAGUUUGAGGUUCCAAGCAAUUUCAGAUAGGACAAGGGUUACAUUUUACAGUGCAUACUAUCACAACAAGUUGCACGAUUAUGGUCACAUGUGUGGUCCUGUCUUGGACAAUGUUAUGGUGUUUCAUACUAUCUAA